GGGGGGUUAGGUCUAUAAUAAUUUAUUCCAGGAUUUUUGUAUCAUUUCAAGCUAUACACCAACAGAGUAAGCCAAAACAGUCUCUCAUGUUACUUUGUAAAAUGGAAAGUUGCUACAUUGCAGCCAUGGAUUCAAAGCUUUCCCUCACUGCCUAGAAACUGCCAAAUGCUGUAAGGUUGUGUUGCAUCACGUGGUGCAAUAUUGAAAUCUUUCCUAAUACCGCAGUACACUGCAGUAAAAUGGUUUUAAUGCAGAUUACCUGGAGAUUAUUCAAAUCGUCCACAUUACCUCACUGAAAUAUGAAGCAAAUUGGUGUGAUCUCCUGGCAUCGUUCUGCAGUGCCACGCUGCAGGAUACUGUGAGAGCAGGAAACUUUUUGACAGCUUUAGCUCUCCACUGAUUUAUUGUUUCAGAAUGGGAUGAUAGAGUAAAAGUAGCACAGCAGUGACUGCACGGUAAAUCACAGAGAACUGAGGCGGAAUGGUUCUUUUCACAUUGUUCUCAGGUAACAGUGCAUAGAAAUCGUCUGACAGACAAAUUUCUAGUGAAAGCUUUUUAGUUUAAGGUUUAUAGCUUUUCCCUUCUAAGAGUUAGAGCUCACUGGUGUCUUGAGGAUAAUGUUUUUCCAAAUGGAUAUAAUAAGUUUCGUGACAGCUGCUUAAUUUUUUUUCAAAUGCUAAAGAGAGUAGAGUUUAGUACAAGAAAUGCUGACAUGCAUGAUUUUUCUGAGAGCUGCUGCUCCAGGCUUUUGAGCCAACUGUCUCACAUGUGCACCAAACUGCUGUUCUGGCUUUCCCUAUAUUCAUUACUGCUCUGUGCUUGUUAAAUACUGCAGGGUAUGGUAGUGUGGUUAAAAUAUUAUUUCCACAGUGAAUAAAGUUUAAAUUGCUGAAUUUCAUCCACAUUAAAAAUAAGCAAAUUACAUGUGGGUAGAUUUUUUUCCCCCAAAUAGUAAUAAAGAGAAUUUAAGGGAAGUUUUAUGUGUAUCACACUUUUAAUCUAAGAUUCUAUACAGAAUGUUUUUCAGGGAACUUUUCCUAAAUCUUAAGGAUGAUAAACAGAGAAGACAAAAUAAAUGAAGAGAGAAGGUUAAAACAAAACCUCUCAUCUGAGAUUUGACCUCAGAAGGGAAAUCCCGGAGGUGAAGCCACUGCAGAGGAGAAGUAAAAGAAGGUGUAAGACUCCCUUUAUCAGUGAGCUGAGGGAAAAAGGUCACAUGCUGGAUCUGGUGAUGUGGACAUAAGAAUACGAGAUGAUACAUGAAAUGAUUUCAGAAGAGUAGCUGAGUGAGUGAAAGGGAAGCGUCUGUGUGACAAGAAAGCCACUUAACAAUGAAAAAAUUCACACUGUUUGAUUUUGUAAAUGAUAAUUCACUGCAAAUUGGAGAGACUUCAUGGAUACAGGACCUUCCCUGUGAUGACAAUGAACUAGAAAGACUUCUGAAACCUAAUGAGCAUGUACUAGUUAACUGGCCUGUGGGAGAAAGAAAGACAGAAAAGCACCUGGUGAAAGUUGUGUACAUGAGUGAUGACCCCCAAGAGCUGGUGGAAAUGAUGCAAAAGAUAUUACGAGCAGAUGAAAUUACAAAAAUACAAGUCCUUGGAAAAGGCAAGAGGAAGAGGAUAGAAAUGAUAUUCUCAGAAAGUGAGGACAGUGACUUGGAUAAAGAAAAAGGGAAGAUGGUAAAACAUAUAAAAAGAAAGAAAUCAUUGCAGGCAUCUGCUCCUGCCAACAUCCUGAGUCAGCUUGAAACAUCGUUAAUUAACAAACAGAGAGAACCAUAUUCAGGAAGCAACUUUCUAUAUAGUGAAAGUAGCAGUGAUGAUGAAGAGCCUUUAUUUCAACUCUCCAAGGUAGAACUAUGUGCCAAAAUUAAAAGUCUCAAGAGGAAGCUGACAGAUACCAUGAGAGAAAACUGCCGCCUAAGGCAGUCUCUGGUGAUGCUUCAAGUGUUGCCACAGGCAGUCACUCAUUUUGAGGAACUGGUAGGGAUGGCUGAAGCACUGCUCAAAGGGGGAGUGACGUCAUCUACGUCCAGUCUGCAUCCACAUGCUGUUUGGAAGGCAUCUCACAAUCCAUUAGCAGAUUCCUAUGCAGCUAUGCAUAGUAACUCCAGCUCACCAGUAACUUUGAAUGUGGAAGAUGAGGACCAACAGACUGAAAAACAGUUCAAGAUCGAAAAGUGGCAGAUUGCACUUUGUAACAAGAGCAAACCUCAAAAAUUUAUAAAUGACUUGAUGCAAGCACUUUAUACACAUGAAUACAUGGCUACACACAGCCUGACAGGUGCAAAGUCCUCCUCUUCAAAGGAUAAAGCGGCAAAACCAGCUAUGAAUCAGAAUGAAGUUCAGGAAAUCAUAGGAAUCACAAAACAGUUGUUUCCAAACACAGAUGAUGCUUUAAUAAGGCGAAUGAUGGGACAAAAACUAAACAAUUGCACCAAGAAGCCAAUUUUAAGCAAAGAUCUUAACUCAGGUGCUUUUCAGAAACAUAGCUUUUGUGCUUCAACAGCUGCUUCUCAGGGCAUCAUCUCUUCAGCUGUUCCUCCUAGUACACAAGACCAGCAGGAUGAUGAUUCACCAGCUGCUAAUGCACAACUUCAGCAAAGUGACAGCUGCCUGACUCCUCCACCUCCCACCCCGGAAGGUCAGCAGGAGCGUCCCAAACCCACUUCGUCUAAGGUGGAGUCUCAACUCGCCAGCAGCUCACCAGCGCCCUCUCCCAGCCAGGGUUGUGGACAGGAUCUCAGGAAUUCAGACAAGGAAUAACAGGCAGGUGUUUCAUUCCAGCUCACGUGCUCAACGGAGAUUAAGAACUAGUAUAAAAUAAAAAAAUAAAUAAUAUCUAAAUUGUACUAGAUAUAUGGUAGUAUCCAACAGUGGACAGAGAUAGAAGCCUGAGAACUUUUUUCUCAAAACAAAUGAAAAUCCCAUAGUCUAGAAUAAAAAUGAAGCCAUAUUAAUGUCUUUGGAUUUAAGAUAUUAUAAGAUAUAUGCAUGUUAUGCAGUAAUUCAAAAAACAAACUUUUACUGAAGAAUUCAAGUAGAGUUCCCCUUAGUUAGAAAAGAACAUUAUUUAAAGUACUACCAAAAGAAUAUAUAUGAGGAACCAUAAUUCCCUUGCUUUCACCUUGACAGCUGAGGGAAAACUGCUUAACCGAUCAAAGAAAGCUAUUGUAUAUUAAUGCAAAAAAGAUAUAGUGAUAUGGAGAGAAAAUAGAUGUAUUUCCUAGUGAAAUGAAGACUGUGGCCUGCACAGGAAUAGAAAGCACAGGGCCAUGUGAGCAGAAAAGAAGAAAUAAAAUAGAUGUUUAAGGAUGCUACUAACUUGGAAAAAAACUUUCUUAGGGCAAUGAAACUACAACUUUCAAUAUAUCCACAGGAAAGAAGCAGCUAAUUUUUAACCUCUCAAAGUAGGACAGGCAAUGGAAGAAGCCAUGUUCCCUUGUAGCUCAGGGAAGAGUCCUCCAGGAAAGCUUGUUUAGUUGUGGAAGCCAUUCCCUUGCAGGGAUUCUGCUGCUGGUUCAGUAGCUCUUGCUCUCUGUUCUUCCCUGACCAUCAGGUCGAUAGGAUAAGGAUGCCUGGUCCCUCCAGUUGGGAAAUAGAGGACACUUCAUUAGAAGCAACUAAUGUUAAGGGCAGAGUUGCCAGCUUCUACUUCCUGUGGUUUGAUUUUGGUAUGCUACCCCUUGCUUAGAGAAAGGGUGGACAGGCAGAAUAUUCCUCGUGGUACCAGAAAAAUCCCAGUAUCUGGGCAGUUCCCCUUGAGAUCUGACAGUGCGUCUCCCAGGAAGCAGCUGGCAGUCACACAAACCCUAUAAUAGCCUAAGGAGGAGGAGGGGAAGAUACAGGUUCCCCAGGGAAGUGGUCACAGCACCAAGCCUGUCUGAGUUCAAGAAGUGUUUCGACAAUGCUCUCGGGUAUAUGGUGACUCUUGGGGUGUCCUGCACAGGGCCAGGAGUUUGGCUCAAUGAUCCUGAUGGGUCCCUUCCAACUCAGUAUAUUCUACGGUUCUGUGAUUUUUUUCCUUGCUGACUGAUUUCAGGUUUACGGUGUGCUGACACGGGAAGGAGAGAACGCUUGGGACUAUAGCUUUCCUGUUUGAGUGUACUCCUCCCAGAACAGAGUACUAUUAGCUGAAUCUAUUUCAAACACAGCAAACAAGCAACUAAUGAAUCAGAUUGGAAAAAUGAAAUGACAUCAAGUUAAAGAAAUCUAGCUUGAUUUAAGGAGGAUUUCAGGACAUCUGAGUUAUACCCUAAUAUUAUUAUAGAAAUAAUAUUAGGGUAAACACUGAAAAAAAAAUCUGAAAAUAAGGUUAUCAGCCAAAUACCCCUGAAGGGAAGUGCUGCACAUCUAACUGUUCUAGAGCAAGGCACUGUGGAGAAGACUUUUGUGUGGGCUGGGGUACAAAUUAAGUGAUUUGCUAUCCUUUUUCAUCUCUCACCUAGUAAUUCCUUGUAGAUAGGAUCAGGAUGAAAGCAGGUAUGAAAUAUGUUAGUUCUAUCUCAUGCUAUUAACUACCAUCUAUAAAAUGUAACAGAAGAAUGUUUGCUAUUAUGUAUAUUUUGUAUAUGUAAUUGUAUGUACAGCAUAUAUAAUAAUGUAUAUAGUUAAUCAUAUUUUUGAAGCGACUUUCUAUCAAAUAAAUUGAAACAUUACUA